GGCCACACUGCACAACAGCCGAAAAGGGGGAGGGGCAAAAUAACCCUGAAAAAACAAAACAUUCCCUUUAAAUUCGCCAGGAGCAGCGCAGCCGAAGACUCAGGGCACCACAGGACCAGGACCACGACCACGACCAGAAUGAACGGACUGCCGCCCAGCAAGCACUAUAACCUCACGCACUACCAGCAGCGCUACAACUGGGACUGCGGCCUGUCCUGCAUCAUCAUGAUCCUGUCCGCCCAGCAGAGGGAACAGCUCCUGGGAAAUUUCGAGGCAGUUUGCGGCGAGGAGGGCUUCGGAUCCAGUACCUGGACCAUCGACCUGUGCUACCUACUAUUGCGCUACCAGGUGCGCCACGAGUACUUCACCCAAACGCUGGGCAUCGAUCCCAACUACGCCCAGCACACCUACUACUCCAAGAUCAUAGACAAGGACGAACGACGAGUGACGCGCAAGUUCAAGGACGCCCGUGCCCAUGGACUGCGCGUGGAGCAGCGCACUGUGGACAUGGAGGUCAUCCUGCGCCACUUGGCCCGCCACGGACCCGUCAUCCUGCUGACCAACGCCUCGCUGCUCACCUGUGAGGUGUGCAAACGCAAUGUCCUGGAGAAGUUCGGAUGGUUUGAUAUACCAUAUAUCGUUCGAAAUACACGCUCACGUGGAUCCAUAAGGUAUGCCGGGCACUAUGUGGUGCUCUGUGGCUACGACAUGGCUGCUCAAAAGCUUUUUUAUCACAAUCCCGAGGUCCACGACGGCCACAUUUGUCGGUGCCUCAUCGAUUCCAUGGACACUGCCCGUCGCGCCUACGGCACCGACGAGGACAUCAUCUUCAUCUACGAGAAGAAAGCCACCAGGGAGUAAUCGGAUGACCACGCCUGAACAAGGAAUAGGCAAAGGAACAGCAGUACCUGCAGUUGCCCAGGUUGCCAGCGGCUAAAAAAAAGGAGCAUUGGAAUCUGCGCUUGUGAUAUUAGGACUUUAGGGGGCGAAUGUCGGGGAGCACGUCUGGGGAGACUUGAAGAAAAAGGCUUAGAGAAAGAGCUGCUUGGUUAACUUUGGCACAACAGUGUACUUUAUUUAGGUAUUGUUAGCAGUUGGUCCCCAUAUAAAACAACAACAAUUACACACGCGUUUACGUAAACUAGCCAGGCAGCUAUCCACAUUAUAGAGUUAUUAACCGUCAGCGGAAAGUUAUCUAAGGCUAUAUCUUUGACUCGGACAGUGGCGUAGCCAGGAAUUGUUUGAGUACGGGGUUUUCAGAACAAAUAUUGUGUAGCAUGCUUUUUAUACCUUUGCAGAGGGUAUAUUGAUUUCAGUCGAAGCUUGCAACGCAGUGAAGGAGACGUUUCCGACCCCAUAAAGUAUAUAUAUUCUCGAUCAGCAUGACUAGACGAGUCGAUCUAGCCAUGUCCGUCUG